AUGGAUGGACUGCGGGUUGAUUUUAUAGAACUCAAAGCGCUUUUCUACAAAACACCUGAGGUCACGUGUGGGCAUGCGGAGGAGCCACAGAUGCCCGGAUGUUCUAGUGCGAGCAAACUCGAGGUGCUGGCACUGCAAGCCAUUUAUGGGGAUGACAUGGUGAUCUUGGAGGAUAAGGCAGGUCUUCGUUCUUUUCAGAUUUUUGUUUGGUAUCCAAUUCCUAAUGGUACUAAGGUGUUCUUGAAUCUUCAUCCAAAUGGAACUAUGGUUGGAACUGAUAAUGAUGGUAACCAAGAUGGUAGUGAACUCUUUUAUGCUUGCAGCUUAAAGCAUUUGCCACCUGUGGUGUUAACAUGUUUGCUGCCAUGUUCAUAUCCCAGUACAAGUGCUCCUUAUUUUACUAUCUCAGCCAAGUGGUUGGAUGAACCCAAAGUUUCACACCUCUGUGCCAUGUUUGAUGAGAUUUGGACUGAGCUGCCAGGACAAGAAGUAGUGUAUAGAUGGCUGGACUGGCUGAGUAGCUCUUCAUGGGCUUGCAUUUCUUUGAAUGACAACAUAAUACUAGUCCCAGAUAAAACUUCAGAUGUUGGAGAUGAACGUGCUAUUGCAAGAAGGCUUCUAGUUGAUUCUACUAUUCCUCUGAUGCAAAGUUACAAUGGGAGGAGGUCUCAUGAAAUAUUUCUGAAAAGGCAGAAAUUUCAUCAAGCUCCCAUGCCACCAUUUGUUUUGCUUGACAUGUAUGAAGUCUCACUGCAGAAUUCACGUAACAGAAGGGAAUUUAACCCAGUUGACAUGCCCUGA